AUGAAGCGUGAAGCAUUUUUACAAGUUGUGUCUAAGGACUCACUUGAAGACUUCUUGCGUUUUACUCAGGUUCCUAAGAAUACAUUUGAUCCUUUUGACUUGAAUGAACUACUUCAAGAACUGCCGAGAAAACAAAAAGAAAUACUAUGGGAGAAGCUGACACAUCUAUUGACGCAGAUUUUGAUGGAGAACCCCGUGGAAACAUGGCAGAGGACGGAAGAUGAUGAAAGUAGUGAUGAUAUGGAAGUUGAUAAAAUUCCAGAAACGAAACAGACUGUAGCUGUGAUUCAAGGAGUGACAGCUGUAGUUACUGCUUCCAUACGUGUAAUAGAUGAAAAUGUGAACUACAAAGCUCUUCUAGAAUGUGUUUUUAUAUUAAAUGGUGUUCUUCCUGCAUUACCUGAAUCUGAAAAAAUUCUACAGGGUGCCAUCCAGCGCAUAUGUGAAAUGUGGUGGGAGAAAGGACUGGAAGGGAAGGAGCAGCUAGGGAAAACAAUAUUUAUUAUACUGCUAAGAAAAAGCCUUAGUAAAGCUGCUACGGGUGCAGAUAUAGUUCGUCUAUGGAAUCUACACCAGACAUUGCUUUGCUUUGAUUAUGACUUAGAGGACAGUAACGAAGUCAAGGACUUGUUGCUUCAGUGUUUUAUGAGUGUUAAACACAUUAAGAAAGAAGAGGGAAGAAGAUUUUUGAGCUUUUUGUUCAACUGGAAUGUUAACUUUGUUAAAAUGAUCCAUGGAACUGUUAAAAACCAGUUACAAUUUUUUCCAAGAUCCUUGAUGGCAUACGUUUCAGAAGUUUACUUCAGGGCUUGGAAGAAGGUGUCAGGAGAGAUCUUAGAGAUACUUGAAUAUAACUGUAUUCAGGAUUUCAUGCAUUAUGGAAUACACCUUCCCAAAAGUUCUUCUGUUCAUUCUAAAGUUAGAGAGAUGCUGAGUUAUUUUCAUAAACAAAGUAAAGUUCGUCAAGGAGUUGAAGAAAUGCUUUAUAGAUUGUAUCAACCUCUCCUUUGGAGAGCACUGAAGGCCAGAAACUCAGAAGUUCGAUCAAAUGCAGCAUUUUUGUUUGUUGAUGCUUUUCCUAUUCGUGAUCCCCAUUUUAACACUGAAGAGAUGGACAAUGAAAUUCAGAAACAGUUUGAAGAACUUUUUAAUCUCUUAGAAGAUCCUCAUCCAGUUGUCCGCUCUACAGGGAUACUUGGAGUUAGUCAGAUAACAUCCAAAUACUGGGAGAUGAUUCCCCCAACAAUUCUUGCUGAUCUUUUAAAAAAGCUAAUUGUAGACCUUGCAUAUGAUAUAUCAUCUGCUGAUGUUCGCUGCUCUGUUUUUAAAUGUCUACCAAUAAUUUUGGACAACAAAUUAAGUCACCCAUUACUGGAAGAACUCCUACCAGCAGCUAAACACAGUCUCCAUGACAAUUCUGAGAAAGUGCGAGUGGCUUUUGUUGAUAUGCUACUGAAAAUUAAGGCUACCAAGGCUGCUAAGUUCUGGAAAAUCUGCCCCAUGGAGCAUCUUCUGACUCGUCUUGAAGUUGAUUCACGGCCUGUGUCACGGCGUAUAGUGAAUCUCCUGUUCAACUCCUUCUUCCCCAUUAACCAGCCUGAGGAUGUAUGGUGUGAACGUUGUGUUACUCUAAUCCAGAUGAAUUCAGCAGCAGCUAGAAAGUUUUAUCAAUAUGCUUAUGAGUAUACUGCCCCCACCAAUAUAGCUAAACUGAUGCUAACUAUUCGGCGCUGCUUGAAUGCCUGCAUCCAGAAAGCAACGAAAGAAAGUUUUCAUAAUGAUGACGAUGAAAAUGAAAAGGAGAACAUAAGUACACUGAAUAAUGUGUUGUCAAUAAAUGAUAUGGCCUCCAUGGCAAGUUUGUUGGAGAUAACUGUAAUUCUUUGGAGAAGUAUUCACAAAGCACUAGAUCACAAUGAAGAUGCCAAAGAUUAUGCCAUCAGAAAAUUUGCUUCUGUACUUCCUGAAUAUUUCAAAGUAUUUAAGGAUGAUCGUUGCACGAUUCCGUUGAUUAUCCUGGCAUCCUUUAUGCCACCUGCUGCUAUUCCUACAUUCAGUUGUAGUGUGCUCUCAAAACUCAGAAAUCUUGACAAUGGAGCUGAUGAAAGCAAAUACUCCACACUGAUAGACUGCAUGUGUCGCUGGGGUCAAGUGGGACAUAUUAUGGAAUUAGCCUGUGACUGGUUGUCUGAUGUGCUAACCCCAAGAAAGAGCAUUAAAACAUCAGAACGACGAGUACGUAUCCAUGUAACACAUGAAUCGAAGCCAGAAUUAGCACUUGAUUACAUUGAAUAUUUAUUGACUCAUCCUGUUAAUCGGGGUUGCCUGCUUGCUGUUCCUAAAAAGAAACUGAACCAGCUUUUGAGAAUUCUCAGUGCUGCAAAGGAGGUUCUUAGCUCAAUUCUGAAAGCAACUGAUACAAGUUCUGGUAGCUACAAUCAAGCAACUAGCCUAAGAGCCUUCAGCCUCUAUUGUAGGUUGAGUAUUCAUCUUCAGAACAAGUUUUCUGAAGAAGGAAAAGAUUACGUUUCACUGCUGAAGGAGACAGGUGCUUGGAUAGAAAGUCAAAUUGUACCUUUUAUACUAGCAAGUAGUCAAGAGGAUGGCAUUUCAGAACGCUGUAAUAUUUCUGAGUCAAUUAUCCAGGCCUAUCUGACAGUGUGUAAAGAUGUCAUAAUGGUUGGCCUUGGAAAUCUCAAGUUUCAAGCACACCUUUUAGAUAUGGCGCUUUCAGUUGUACAAACAGAGAGAGGUGGCUUUUGUAUUCCAGUCUUGUUGUGUGCUCUUAAAGAAAUUAUUGAAGCUUCUUUGGCUCAGCAUAUUGACACAGAUGAAGUGGCAGAUCUUCUCUGUGCUGUUCAGACAGUCUUCCAGAAAGUUUUAGAAUGUGUGGCACGUCAGCUCAAGAAACAGCAGGAAGAAGGGCUUCAGUUGAUUCACUCUAUUCAGUUGCCUCUUGGGGAAUUCAUACACACAGUCCAGUGCUGGCAUUCAACUUACACAGCAGUUCACAAAGGUGUACUCUCAACUCUCCUAGCUGCAGUAGUAGCAGAGAUAAAUUAUGUGCUACAGAAGGCUUCCAGCGAAGGACAUGUGAAUAUGCUAAAGACUGUUUCAGACCUCCCUCCUCUCUCAAGCAGCUUAAUGGUCAUAAUUAUGAAGUCAGUUGAUGUUGUCAGAUCAUUUUUAAAUGAAUUAAUGGAGUGUAUCAUCUCUGAAGAAAUUGAUGGGAUUUUUAGUCUUGCAGCUACUGUCUGCAUUGUUCUUAUAAUUAAAGGUAAGCACAAAACUUCACUUCUAAAGGAUAUUAUACCUGCCAUUCAGAGAAAGCUGACAACAUGCAAGGAGGUUGCCAUAGAAGAAUCUAACAGCACUGAAAGAACCCUAUAUGAAUCAUCCCUGAAAUUUUUGGAUGAACUUUUGAAUCCUUGACCACAUGGAAACUUUUGUCAUGAAAAUUAAAGGAAGAAAGAUGUAUCGCUUUUGAAACAAGAAGAUUAUCUUGUAAAAACAUUAAUAUUUAACGAUUCUGUUAUUUUGUACAUUUAAAGUGGACAAAAUAUGUAAAAGUGUACAGAAAUAAUAGUAAAGAUUUUCAGACUUUUUAAAAGAGGAUAUUCUGUAUAAAAUUGUCACGUUUGGGAGUAGUAAAAUCAGUAUCUUUGUACGUGCUUUUUAUUAUUAUUCUGUGUAGUAAAUAAUUAUAUUUUCUUGAAUACUUUGAGAUUGAGGAAGCACAUAACCUCAGUCCCUGGGAAGAUUAUGAAGCAUAUUCGUGGAGAUUAUGGAAAACAUUUCCAGACACAUUAAGAACUAAAUGGUGAUCAAGGAAUUCACCAAGGACAAUUCUGUCUAACCAACUUAACUGCCUUCCUUUUGUGGACAAAGGGAGAGUAAUGAAUUCUAUUUUUCUUGUUCUAAGCAAGACUUUUGACAGAGGCUCUUAGAGUAUCCUUGUGGUUAAACUACAGGGAAAGAGACCAGAUGAGUGGAACUACAAGGUGAAUGGAAAAUGAGUUGGACAUCAGCCUUGAAGAACAAGAGUGCUAUGCAGUCCAGCUGAUUGCCUGUUACUAGUGGCCUUCCUCAGGAUAGAUACCUUUGCUGAUACUGUUCAACAUCUUCAUUUUAAAAUCUGAGCAAUGGGAAGCAACGCAACCUCAGUCAGUUUGCAGAUGACACCA